GGCGGAACGGCCCGGCGAAGCUCCGUUUUGGAGGAGCGGCGGCCCGCUGCCCCCGCGCCGAGCCCCCCCCCUGCGCGGCGGGCCGGCUGCGCGGGGGAGAGCGGGGACGGGCGCGGGCUUCCCUGCCCGCUGAUCGCGUUAGCGGGGUGCUUUUCCAGCUGGUUUUGUGCCGGGGACCGUCCCCCGAGGCAGAGGUCGCGUCUGAAGCCCUCGCGGUUGGGGUGUUUUCUGUCUCCCCUGCACCAAGUGUAAUGCUUAAAUGCCGGAGCGGAAGGCGGCGGAGUUUUCCUCUGGAGAAUAAGACUAACUGCAUCUCCUUCAGGCGCUGCGUUACUCCUGUCCCUGGUUAGCCUCCCCUGAGGUUUUUCCCCCUUUAGGAGGACGCAGACCGUGAGGACAGAGGGGACGGCAGUGUGUCAUGGCCACCUGGCUGCUUGCUGCCGUGUUGUCCUCUGGCCUGCGCAAAUGGUCAUUUUCCCCACUUGCAUUUCCUGUAUUUUCUGUUCCAGCUGUGCACAGGCUGGCUAACACCUUAGUUUCAUACGUGUGGUGCUCCGAAGGCCUUCUUCAGGUCUGUGAAGGUUAAGGAAGUCACAGUGAAAAUCCCAGAUACGGUGGUAGCAUUGCAGGUCUGCGCUGGGCAGCAAUCCUGCUUGCCUGUGGCUUCUGAAGUGCUGGGAAUGUGGGCUGAGAACCACCUGCGCAUGUUCCGUUUACUUGAUAUCUAUUAAAUGAGCUAGUUUGCUAUUUGACGUCCGUUCAGGAUUUUUUUAAUGCAACUGCCAUUCGUGCCCAUAUUUAGCACCCAUUUGUAGAUUAUUUACCCAGUAAGUUCCAAAAUAAUACUAUUUUUCAAGAGGCAUAACCGUAGCCAUUUUAUUAAGAGGAAACCAGUGACUUAUUAUGUAAUAAAAUAGCUAAACUUGUCCUAAAUUUUUUAAUUUUUUGAAAGACUCUAUUGCGUCAGUAAAAACAACAGAGUUAAUGAUUAGAAGGGAUAUGUGUAACUGGAAGGUUUAUUUUCUUCUGCUAUGUGUGGUCUUCAUUGCAAGUGUGUUGUGUCCACCUGAUUGAACUUUAACAGAAGUUGGAAGGUCCAGCUUUUGUUCUCAGAUCUCCCACUACUUAGCUGUGCAACUGUGGACAGAGCAUGUCACUUCUAGGCUUUUGUUUCUCCACUGCCAUGGGGGAGACAGGAGUUCCUGCCUUUAUAGUCUGAAAACUGUCCGUGUCUUCUUGUUGCAGACAAGCUGAUGGUCGAAAAGUCCUGCGGUCAAGCAUACGGGAGUUCCUGUGCAGUGAGGCUAUGUUUCACCUAGGAAUACCAACAACGAGGGCCGGAACGUGUGUGACAUCCGACUCGAAAGUUGUCCGUGAUGUAUUUUAUGAUGGGAAUCCAAAAAGUGAAAGGUGUACAGUUGUUCUGAGAAUAGCUUCUACGUUUAUAAGAUUUGGUUCUUUCGAAAUUUUUAAACCUGCUGAUGAAUACACAGGACGCAAGGGUCCCAGUGUUAACCGAAAUGAUAUUCGAAUACAGAUGCUUGAUUAUGUGAUCAGCACUUUCUAUCCAGAAAUCCAGGAGGCUUAUUCAGACAACAGUAUUCAGAGGAAUGCUGCUUUCUUCAAAGAGAUAACAAAACGGACAGCGAGAUUGGUUGCUGAAUGGCAGUGUGUUGGGUUUUGUCAUGGUGUGCUGAAUACAGAUAAUAUGAGCAUAGUUGGACUAACCAUUGACUACGGCCCUUUUGGAUUUAUGGACAGAUAUGACCCUGAGCACAUUUGCAAUGGUUCUGAUAAUACAGGGCGCUAUGCUUAUAACAAGCAGCCAGAGAUUUGCAAGUGGAACCUGGGGAAGCUUGCUGAAGCUCUAGUUCCAGAGCUGCCCUUGGAAAUAAGUGAACUCAUCCUAGAAGAGGAAUAUGAUGCAGAAUUUGAGAAACAUUAUUUGCAGAAGAUGAGGAAGAAACUAGGCCUAAUCCAGCUGGAAUUAGAAGAAGAUAGUAAGCUGAUGUCUGAACUCCUCGAAACUAUGCAUCUCACAGGUGGAGACUUCACAAAUAUUUUCUACUUAUUGAGUUCAUUCUCAGUAGACUCCGAUCCAUCAAAAUUGGAGGAUUUCUUAGAUGAGCUUACAAGUCAGUGUGCUUCUGUGGAAGAACUGAAAGUUGCUUUCAAACCGCAGAUGGAUCCAAGACAACUGUCAAUGAUGCUAAUGUUGGCUCAGUCUAAUCCUCAGCUGUUUGCAUUAAUUGGAACAAAAGCUAAUAUAAAUAAAGAAUUAGAACGCAUUGAACAAUUCUCUAAACUGCAGCAGUUAACAGCAGCUGAUUUACUCAGCAGAAAUAAGAGACACUGGAAAGAAUGGCUGGAGAAAUACAGAGUCCGUUUGCAAAAAGAAAUAGAAAGUGUUAGUGAUGCUGAUGCCUGGAACACUGACCGUGUGAAGGUUAUGAAUUCAAACAAUCCAAAAUAUAUCUUGAGAAAUUAUAUUGCCCAGAAUGCCAUAGAAGCAGCUGAAAAUGGGGAUUUCUCAGAGGUAAGAAAUGUACUGAAACUCUUGGAGAAUCCAUUCCAAGAAGCAGAAGGUCUCAGGGAGGUAAAAGAAGAUGCAGAAGAAGAGGGAGCAACUGCUACAGCAGCUGCUUGUGCUCAGGAGACCAGAAGCAGACUACCAUAUUGCAGUAAACCUCCACUGUGGGCUUCAGAGCUCUGCGUUACAUGAUCUUCAUAACUGCCUUGUUUUGUUUUUUGCUGUAAACUGAAGACUCUGAUCCUCCUUCAGCAGCGAAGAAUUCAGCAAGGCAAACAUCGAAGUGCUAUUAAGUUAUUGAAACAACCCUACAUUUGGAUGCAUCUGUAACAGUCUUCAGCUGUGCUUAAUUUGAAGCAAUCAUGGAUCAUUGGAACAAACCCAUGACAGUUGACAGUCCAUAUACAUCAGUAAUUUACAUGUUUUGAGACUGAAAGUCUUGUCUUUAUUUAUACCACACUGCAGGUAGAAAGCAAUAUUUUAUGUUGAGGCAGGCUGAAUUUUGAACAUCCAAAUGGAGUUGUUAUUAUGUGAAGACAAAAAUAGCAAGUCGGGAAUCUGAUCUGUUUUUGUCUGAUGUCUUAACUAAUAGUACUUCUAACAUUUAUUUACUGCUUUCUUUAUGCAGGGACUUUUAGUCCUCUUUAAUGGAGGAACAGAUUCAGUGUUGCUUGUUUGAAGCUAUGUUUCAUUUAAUUAAGUAGUUCAUUUCUUGUGAACCUUCAGAUUGAUAUUUAAUCAUUAUCUAUUUUCAGAGAAUUUGUGCAGGCUAGGGUUUGGGGCAAGCAAUUGAUUUUUUU